AUGGGGAGGUUUAUAUGGAGUUGCCUCCUGGAUUGGUUGUCAAAGAAGAAAACAAAGUUUGUAGACUCUCAAAACUCUUUAUGGGUUACUGCAGCUUCUUUCAUAGCACUACUAGUACAUGUAGAUGAUAUAUUACAAGCUAGUGACAGUUUACUCGAAAUUCAAUUGCUAAAAACUUUUCUGCAUGACAAGUUCACCAUCAAAGAUUUAGGACAACUAAAAUACUUUCUUGGCUUGGAAGUAGCUAGAUCCAAAACUGGUGUUUCUCUCCGCCAGAGAAAGUAUGCAUUAGACAUACUUCAAGACAUUGGCAUUGGCAUUCUUGGUUCAAAGCCUACUGCUUUUUCAAUGGAGUCUAAUCUCAAGUUAACUACAACUGAUUCUAAUAUUUAUGAGGAUCCAUCUGCUUAUAGAAGGCUUGUUGGAAGAUUGCUCUACUUAACAAUCACAAGACCAGACCUAGCCUAUUAUGUUCAAGUUCUAAGUCAGUUUCUUGCUAAACAUGUUGUUAGUCACUAUCAACCAGUAGUUAGAGUACUAAGAUACUUGAAGGCUACACCAAGACGAGGUCUAUUCUUCUCAUCCUCAUUAGAAUUGCAGCUAAAAGCUUUCUCAGACACUGAUUGGGUAGGUUGUAUUGACACUAAAAGAAGUGUUACAGGUUUUGCAAUUUUUUUAGGCAAAUCAUUGGUUUCUUGGAAAUCUAAAAAGCAAGCCACCAUUAAUAGAUCUUCUGCAUUAGCAAAAUAUCAAGCACUUGCAGCAACUACUUGUGAAGUUUAG